GGAGCGAGCCAGGGAGGGGAGCGAGCCGCGCAAGUCACACGGCACUCUCCGAGUCACUGCUCAAAGAUCUCCGUUGCCACCGCCGCACAUCCAGAGCCCAUGGAGGGACCCACAGCGCCCACGAACCAGGGCCCUCUGCAGGGAGAGCCGGGCCCCGUGCCACCCCCGCACGUGUACGUGGUGACGGGCGGAGCGGGCUUCCUGGGCGGGUUCUUGACCGCUCAGCUGCUGGAGCUCGGGGAGGAGGUCGCUGAAGUUCGACUCGUAGACUGCGCCUUCAAGGGCGAUGAGAUUUUGUCCUAUCCAGAGGCCGUGCGAGGCAAGAUCCGCGUGAUCCAGGGCGACAUCCGCGAUGAGCGUGCGAUGCGUGCAGCGUGUCGUGGCGCCCAUGUCCUCCUGCACACGGCCUCACUCAUCGACGUGUGGGACCGCAACAGCGAGACCGAGAUCUUCUCCGUGAACCAGCACGGCACGCAUGUGCUACUGGAGGCCUGCGUGCACGAGGGAGUGAGCGUCGCCAUCUACACCAGCUCCGUCGAGGUGGCCGGGCCCAACGGGCAGGGUGACCCCAUCGUCAACGGCGACGAGGAGACCCCCUACAAGCACAACCUCUGUUUCACCUACAGCCGUAGCAAGGCAGAGGCCGAACGUCUCACGCUAUCCUACGACGGCGCGGCUCUACCGGGCGGCGGCACCUUGACGACGUGCGCACUGCGCCCCAUGUACAUCUACGGCGAGCGCUGCCGCUUCUUGCGCUUGCACAUAACCAACGGCCUCAUCAACGGGCGCGUGCUGCUGCGCGGGUCGCGCGCCAGUGCCCUCGUGAAUCCCGUCUACGUGGGCAACGUGGCGCACGCGCACGUGCUGGCGGCACGCCUGGCACUGACGGGCGGCACCGAGGCGGAGCGACGUCGCCCCGGCGGGCGCGUCUACUACGUGUCGGACGACACGCCGCCCGUCAGCUACUCGGACUUCAACUACACGGUGGCGCGCGACCUUGGCUUCGACAUUCAGAAGCGGCUGCCGAUGCCGUUCGUCGCCCUAUACGCCAUGGCGGCCCUGCUGGAGCUGCUCCGCUUCUUGUUGCGACCGUUCUACAAGUUCGUUCCGUCAAUCAACCGUCAGCUCGUGGUCAUGGUCAACACGCACUUCACGUUCAGGCACGAGCGCGCGCGGCGCGAGCUGGGAUACGAGCCCCGCUUCUCGUGGGAGGAGGCGCACGCCCGCACCAGCGAGUGGCUUACCAAGGAGGUGCCUUUGAUCGAGGCUGAGCUGAAACAAAGCAAGAAAUAACGUGCCUUAAUUCGAGAUUUGAAGCUUUCGUGACUGCAAGGAUUCAUAUUCUUAGGGUU